GUAGCCAGCUCUCUGCAACCCACACCUCUCUCUGCAACGACGCCACCCCAUCCAUGGCGUCCUUCGCUCUCGCCGCCCCGGCGAACUUACUCCGCCUUCCGGCGGCACGCCGUGCUUCUAAUCAUCCCCGGCCGCCGUUAAAUCUCAUUUCCAUCCCUCCAAUUCACAGGUUCCACUCCAGACCACACACGCUCUUCCCCAAAUUCACCUCCACUAACCCUAACUACUCUUCACUCCCCGCCCCAAGCCUCCUUGUCAAGGCCUCCGCGGCGGUGUCGGACGGCCCCCAAGAGCAGCCAUGGCAGGGCGCUGCAAUGAAGCCGCUGCUCGCUUCCAUAGCCACCGGCGUCAUCCUCUGGUUUGUUCCGCAACCGGCCGGCGUCUCGCGCAAUGCCUGGCAAUUGUUGUCCAUCUUCUUGGCCACCAUAGUUGGAAUCAUCACGCAACCUCUGCCGCUUGGCGCGGUGGCCGUAAUGGGCCUCGGCGCUUGCGUCCUCACCAAAACCUUAACGUUCGCCGCCGCCUUCUCCGCCUUCGGCGACCCCAUCCCGUGGCUAAUCGCGCUCGCCUUCUUCUUCGCCCGAGGCUUCAUCAAGACCGGUCUUGGCAACCGCAUCGCCUACCAAUUCGUCUCUCUAUUUGGUAGUUCGUCAUUAGGGCUAGGUUACAGUUUAGUCUUCAGCGAAGCGUUGUUGGCGCCGGCGAUUCCGUCUGUGUCGGCAAGAGCCGGCGGAAUUUUUCUGCCACUGGUGAAGUCUCUGUGUGUUGCUUGUGGAAGCAACGCCGGGGACGGCACGGAGAACAAGUUGGGGGCGUGGUUGAUGCUGACUUGCUUCCAGACUUCGGUCAUUUCGUCGUCCAUGUUCCUGACGGCCAUGGCGGCAAACCCUUUGAGUGCCAAUUUAGCUUAUAGUGCAAUAAACCAGACAAUUGGGUGGAUGGAUUGGGCCAAGGCGGCGAUAGUGCCGGGAUUGGUGUCGCUGAUUGUGGUGCCAUUGCUUCUGUAUUUGGUCUAUCCUCCAACGGUGAAGAGUAGCCCCGAUGCGCCGAAGCUUGCGCGGGAGAAGUUGGAGAAGAUGGGGCCGAUGUCUCAGAGCGAGAUUAUAAUGGCUGCAACUCUGCUACUCACGGUUGGAUUAUGGGUAUUUGGUGGGGUGCUAAAUAUAGAUGCUGUUACUGCUGCCAUCCUUGGGCUAGCUAUUCUCCUAAUAACUGGGGUUGUCACAUGGAAAGAAUGCUUGUCUGAAGCAGUUGCCUGGGACACUUUAACUUGGUUUGCUGCACUCAUUGCAAUGGCUGGUUAUCUCAACAAAUAUGGCCUUAUCUCAUGGUUCAGCCAAACUGUUGUUAAGUUUGUUGGUGGAUUGGGUCUUUCAUGGCAGCUGUCUUUCGGCAUUUUACUUCUACUCUAUUUCUACUCUCACUACUUCUUUGCAAGCGGUGCUGCUCAUAUUGGUGCGAUGUUUACAGCGUUCCUAUCAGUUGCGAGCGCACUAGGCACCCCGCCAUACCUGGGAGCCUUGGUGCUUGCAUUCCUCUCCAACUUGAUGGGUGGACUCACCCACUAUGGGAUCGGAUCUGCACCCGUCUUCUAUGGUGCAAAAUAUGUGCCGCUUGCUAAAUGGUGGGGCUAUGGAUUCCUCAUCUCAGUAGUAAACAUUAUCAUCUGGCUUGGAGUUGGAGGGGCUUGGUGGAAGGCCAUUGGGUUGUGGUAGGGAGAGGGGUUGGCUUCAUUCAUUUCACUGACCCAAAAAUUUAGUACAUUGGCUGAAUCUACUGUCACCUCAGUCACAAUCUUCCCUUGUAUAUUUACUUAAACUUGUUGCAUUAGUUUUGAUUAUUUAUUCUAGAGAUUAAUUUUGGUGGGGAUUUCGGGAUUUUAUAUGCUAAUGGGCCAAAGCAACUAUUGAGUUUGUAUUUGAAGUUUUGAAAUGGAAUUCAAAUGUCGAGAUGAAUGACUUGUGAUUA